AUGAUGUUCCAGUGCAGCGGGCUGCCCCCGCCUCUCUACCCGGCUCUGCUGCGUCCCCCGGCGGCCGUGUCGGCGCCGCUCGGCCGCUCUCUGCCCUCCGGCUUCCUGGUGGAGGACCUGCUGCGGCUCAGCCGGCCCGUCGGCUUCAUCCAGCGGUCUUUCUCCUGCAGGAGCCCCGCGGAGCUGCUGCCGCUCAGCCCGGCUGCGGGGGCCUCCCCGCGGGCCCCGGGCCCCGGGACCGGCCCCGGCCCCGGCUCUGGCCCGGAGCGCGGGGCUCCCGGCUCUCCGCUCACCGCCUGCCCCGACUCAGGAUGCCUGAAGUUCGGCGUGAGCGCCAUCCUGGCCCCGGGCCCCCGGAGCGCUCCGGACGCGGACCGGAAGUCGUUCCCGCUGCCGUUCUUCGACGGUCUUCAUCCCUUCCUCAGAGCUUCUUACCUCUCAGCCUCAUCCCCCAUGGUUCCCGUCCCGGGGACGUUCUCGUGGCCCCCGGCCCCCAGAGGCCGCCCCCGCCGGGGGAUGCUGCGGCGGGCCGUGUUCUCCGACCUGCAGAGGAAGGCGCUGGAGAGAACCUUCCAGAAACAGAAGUACAUCAGCAAACCGGACCGCAAGAGGCUGGCAGGGAAGCUGGGACUGAAGGACUCACAGGUGAAGAUCUGGUUCCAGAACCGCAGGAUGAAGUGGAGGAACUCCAAAGAGAGAGAGCUGCUGUCCAGCGGCGGCUGCAGGCAGCAGACGCUCCCCACCAAGACCAACCCCCACCCGGACCUCAGCGACGUGGGCGGAGCCUUCCAAGCCACGCCCACCGCUCCACCUGAGCCCGGAGCCACGCCCACCGCUCCACCUGAGCCCAGAGCCACGCCCACCGCUCCGCCUGAGCCCAGAGCCACGCCCACCGCUCCACCUGAGCCCGGAGCCACGCCCACCGCUCCGCCUGAGCCCGGAGCCACGCCCACCACUCCACCUGAGCCCAGACAUCAGCAUCAUGCUCCUCAUCCUCACAGCAGCCCCUCCGCCUGCGCCUCUUCCUCCUCCUCCUCCUCCUCCUCUUCUCCAUCAGCGUCCAGCAAACAGUCCGAGGCCUCCGAGUCAGACAGCGAAGAAAUCACUGUGUCAUAGGAGGAUGAGGGGAUGGAUGAAUGAAUGGGU